AUGUAUUCCGCAUCAACGGCGUCGACCACUACUUCGGGAUCUCGUGGCGAUGCCGCAGUAGUGUCGUCAGAGCGACGAGUUCGCGUCGUGCGCUUGCUGCGACCACGCCGCGCGGCCCCAGCCUUCGGAUUCUCGUUGCGCGGAGGCCGGGAGUAUUCUACGGGUUUCUUCGUGUCGAAGGUCGACUUGAACUCCGAAGCCCACCUCCAGGGAUUGAAGGUGGGCGAUCAAAUUGUGAGUGUGAAUGGAUAUCGGGUGGACGAUGCAGUGCACGCUGAGCUAGUACAUUACCUCACUUCCCAGUCCAGGCUCAAGAUCAAAGUGCGGCAUGUCGGCAUGAUACCAGUCAAAGAGAAGGAGCACGAGCCGCUGUCUUGGCAGUUCGUGUCUGAGCGCACGUCGCUGUCUUCCGAUGUGUCCUCGUCCCCCACGCUGUGCCACAACACUGAGCACCUGACCGAUAUGCGCCUCUCGAUACUAGUUCCGCCGAGAGCGAAGCUUGGCUGCGGAAUUUGCAAAGGCCCCGACUGGAAGCCUGGUAUCUUCGUGCAGUUCGUGCGAGAAGGCGGCAUAGCGAGAGAAGCUGGUCUGCGGCCUGGAGAUCAAAUUUUGUCUUGCAACGGUCAAGAUUUCGCUAAUAUAUCGUUCAAUGAGGCCAUAACCGCGAUGAAAGCGAGCGGGCGACUGGAGCUGGUGAUCCGCGAGGGCGCCGGCACGGAACUGGUGUCGCCCGAGAGCUCCGGCUACAACAGCUCGGCGUCCUCCGCGGCCGGCGAGAGGAGCCCCGCACCCGUUGCCCCCGUAUUGCCCUUGGCACCGCCGGCAGCGUUACGCCGCAGGUUGGCCAGCGUCGCCGAAGAGGCGGCCGACAGGGCGGACAGACUGACCAUCAACAGGAUGAAGAGAAGGACGUGGGAUAGCCUAGACUUCGACUGGAUAAAAGAUGACACGCACAAUUUCGACGCACCGUCGGACAUAGAGCCGGAUUACGACUGUCCCAGCAUUCCGAACAACCCCCACACGUACGAGAACAAGUCGCACAUGAGGAAGAAUAAGGAAUUCGAAACCGCGGUGACCACUCCGCUGAAUCGAACUAUCAUAAAUCUGACGGAAGAUGGCGCCACGAUACAGUGCAGUUACGACAACAAUCAGGCGGCCAUGAAGAACGUGUUUCCGAAUGAGACCAGGGAGAGCGAUAAGAAGACUAUCCUGGUGGAAGUGCACCACAUGGCGUCGGCUCCUUGCGCGAACACGCACUGCUUCCCGCCGCCCUUGAAGAAGGAUAUCAAUUCAGACACAUCCAGCAUAUCUAGCUCGGCGACGUUAUCGAGCGCUAUCGCUGAGGAGAUACAGAGAAGAAAAUUGAACAAGAAAAACCCACCAGAGACCAAGGCAAUGCCAAAUCCAGUAAAGAAACCGACCGCGCCAAAACCGAUAGACGACGACAAGAAGAAGCAACACGACGCUCUAAUGGACGAAUUUAAAAAAGUACACCGAAAGAUGUUCGCGUGCCAAGACUCUAGUGUUGAAAUAGCAAAGAAUGGCGAAGACACUCCUGAUGCCGUGGACCGUCAACCAACAAUGCAGCUGAGAAAACCUGAGGCGAUUGUGACUGAGAAUCCGGUUAGCAAUGGAGUGAAGAAACAAAAAGAAACCACAGAUAAUCCACCACCUCCCCCUCCAAUGCCUAUUACUAAUGGCCAUCAAAACGGAGAGAGUAAAAGCGUAGAGAAUCAAAAGCCAAAACCAGAAAAAUUUGAUCUCGUUAUUAAUUCGAAUAUUAGAAAGGCAUGUGCGCUCAAUCGAACGCCGACACCAGAUUAUAACAAAAAAAUCGACGCCCAAUUACUAUAUACAUCAAAGAAUAUAAAAAAUGAAAACGCCGAGAUUGAGUCACUUGAAUCGUACAAAUUGAAAAAUCCCCUCCAUGUGCAACCGAAACCGCCUUCAAAUUACUUCGUUAAGGCACCAAACGGCACUGCUACCAUGAAGAAAAUUACACGACCCGUAUCUGUCACAAUUGGAGAAUACGUUAACAAUGUUGGAAGACGGGAACCGUUAAAAUUAGAUUUUCUUAAUGGUGACAAAGUGGAUGGUCACAUAGUACCAGACAACGAACCAAUAUCUAGUAGACUGCAAUCGGAAUUGGCUCUUACGCUUUCUAGGUCUAAUUUACGUAAGAAGACUGAGGCCUUGGCUGACGCUGGGCGA